UGCCCCCAAAAUCACUAGACAACUCCAUUCAUGGCUUCUCUGGAAAAGAUGGAAAAGGCUCAGCACCUACGUGUCAGACGCCUUGCCGUUUGGGGUGUGUUCUUCACCUUGGGCUCCUGUUGGGUCGCUCCCAGCUCUGGGCGCCGCCUGCUGAGUCGGCUGCGGGCUGUUGCGGAGCCGCCGGUGCGCACGCGACCACCGGAUGUGGCGCUGAACACCGACGUUGGGAGGAGCGAAUGGACGGAAUGUUUGAUCAAAAACCCGGAGGCCACUGGAAAUGGUGAGGCCAAUCUGCGGCUGGAGACCUGGAUCUUCCGAAGCCAGGACUACAGCGAUUUCGGGCACUUUCUGAAAAUUCGCGGGUUCCAGAACGAGGGACAGCAAGCGUCGCUUAACUGCCGCGAUCGGCAGAUUGAUGCCGAAAUUAAGUGCUCGGAAUGCGUGCGGCUGCUGCGCGGUGGUUAUUACGGUCAUUUGGGCGUCUCUGUUCCGGCCUAUCCACCGCAAAAUGAGGCCCUGGGUUGCUUGGCCCUGUCGAAGCUCAUCGACAUGCCAGCACCCAGCACCACCGAAGACGACAGCGGCGACUGGGACGGGGACGAGGGGCGCCAGACGGCCUUCUGCAAUAGCGUCAAUGUGAGGAUGGAGAAGGUGCCCAGGGCUGGCAGAUUUGUACAGUAG